GCACUUUAUAACAGCAAAAGAGAAAGAAGAGUCAGCAGUCGAGAGGAAGACGAGCUGAGCUGCACACUUAGAACAGCAGACAGAGAAACACACACAGACCUUAAAUCUCACUCAGAGCUUCAUACAAGAGUCAAUCAUGGGAUCAACUCCAACCAAACCUGAAUUUGUCACAGUUCUGGCUGAGAAACAAGUUGAACAUGGACAGACGAUUAUUCUUUCCUGUCAGGCAAACACAGAAGAUGUAACAGUCUCAUGGGAAAAGCAUGACCAAAAAUUGCGUUGUGUUGAGGGCAAGCACAAAGUGAGAACAAUUGGUACAAAUUGUGUCUUGGAAAUUUCAAACGCUGUGGAGGGUGAUGAAGGAAAAUACACCGUAACCCUGAGCAACAGUUCAGGUUCCACCUCAUGCUCUGCACUUGUGAGAAUCAUUAUAAAAGAAUGGAGGAAAGUGGAAUGGAAACAAGAGAGAAUGUUAAAGACUCUCAAGACAUUUCAAAUUUGUAAUGAAGUUCAAGAGCUCCGAUUCCUCGUCUGUGGACCAGUUGGAGCAGGAAAGUCCAGCACCAUAAACACCAUCAGAUCCAUUUUUGAAGGCCGUCUGUUUAUCGACUGUCUGGCUGCUGCAGGAACAACAACGAGUCAUACUCUAUCUUAUGAAAGAAUUCAAAUGGCAAAUGAAGAAAGAUCAUUUCCUUUUGCCUUCAAUGAUAUAAUGGGUGCAGAAACAGACCUCAAUAAAGGAGUCCUCAAUGAAGAUAUCAUCAGUGCUUUAAAAGGUCACAUUAAAGAGGGUUACCCGUUCAACGAUAAAAGUCCACUGUCUGAAAGCAGCCCUUACUACAAUAAAAACCCCACCCUGAGUGAUCAGAUGCACUGCCUGGUGUUGGUCAUGCCAGCUGACACAAUUUCAAGCCAAGACGAAAAGUUUUUGCAAAAAAUGAAGAGUGUUGUAAAAGCAGCAAGCAACAUGGCAAUGCCUCAAGUGGUUUUCAUGACAAGAGUAGACCGCGCAUGUCCAUUAACCAAGGAGAACCUGCAAAACGUCUACAAAAGCAAGAAGAUCAAAGAGAAUAUGGAGAAAUGCAGUAAUGAACUGGGUGUGCCUGUGAACCGUAUCUUUCCUGUCUUGAACUAUCAUGAGCAGAUCCACAUGAAUGAAGAUAUAAACUGCCUGAUGCUCGAUGCCUUAACAAAGAUUAUCUACUUUGCUAAAGACUAUGUGCUCAAAAAGAGUUCACACCAACAAUCAAAAUAUGAAUAAAGAAAAUUCACAUUAUAAUUGACGAACAAAUUUUUAAAGAAUAUCUAAUGAGCUACUCAGAUAUUAUUCAUUCAUUCAUUCAUUUUCUACCGCUUGUCCAAUUUUUGGGUCACGGGGAGCCUGUGCCUAUCUAAGGCGACAUCGGGCAUUGAGGCAGGAUACACCCUGGAUGGAGUGCCAACCCAUCGCUGGGCACACACACACACACACUCAUUCACUCAUACACACACACACACACACACACACACACACACACUACGGACAAUUUUCCAGAGAAGCCAAUCAACCUACCAUGCAGGUCUUUGGACCGGGGGAGGAAACCGGAGUACCCGGAGGAAACCCCCGAGGCACGAGGAGAACAUGCAAACUCCACACACACAAGGCGGAGGUGGGAAUCGAACCCCCAACGCUGGAGGUGUGAAGCGAACGUUCUAACCACUAAGCCACCGUGCCCCCCUACUCAGAUAUUAUUUUAUUUUUAUUCUACCUUUAUUUAACCAGGGAAAAAUAACAUUGAGAUAGAUAUCUCAUUUACAAGUGAGCCCUGGCCAAGGUAGCAGCACACAAUAGACAACAUAAAAACAAAUUAAGUACAUAGAACAAUAAUCACAAACACACAUAUUUCCAACAACAAAACAAGACUAAAAUAAGAUUAUAUUAAUCCAAUAGAUUAUAUUAAUCCAAUAAUUAAUGCAAAUAUAUUAAUUAUUACAUUUCAUUUUGCUUUUUAAGUAUAUAAAAGAGUUUGGUAAAGGAUUUUACUUGAUUAUAGAAUUGAUUUGGAAUUGUGAAUCAGUAUCACAGCCUGAAUAAAGAGUGUAACGCUUACAUGGAGCUUUUCAGACAUAUUAUUAAUGUGUGAAUAAAACUAUGCAAUGCAUACCCAUGUAUGUUUGAUCACAUUUUUACCAAUGAAAUGUAAAUAUUACAUAAUGAAACUUUAUAAGCCAUUACAAAAUGAUUAGCUUAAACAAUACAAAGGACGCAUCAAACAUUUCCUGCUACAGGAAAUACCGGUGAUGGCCACCAGAGAAUGUCAGUAAAAUUAAAUGGUUUCUAACAAACUGCAACAAUAAACUGACAGAUUUUAAAAAGGUC